GUAUACAAUUCAUGCCGUUCGCGUUUCCUCUUCUGCAGCUUCUCGCGAUAGCUGUUCCUCUUUAUUUUGAUCGCUUGUAUCUCCUCAAAUGCAUCCGACAUGAUUCUCGUAGAUUGUACACAAAAUCAUACUUUAAAUACGCGGAAAUGCAAUUACAACUUCGUUGAUCAGACGGAAUUGAAGAAUCCAAAAGCAGAAAUUUUAUGCACACAAUCUGAUGUGGUAUUUACAUAAAUCUAUUAAUCUAAGUUAAUCUAAAGAUGGCACACACAAAGUCAUUCUUCUUGUCAGUUACUCAACGUAUUUUUAGCAACUGGACAGCUUUGAAGUUAGCGGUAGAACAUGGCAUAGCUUCAGUAGAGAAAGCAGUAGAAUUUUGUCCUUAUACAACGGAAGUACUAUAUAUGAAUGAGGGACUGACCAGUGAUCAGAUUGCUGCUGAAUUAGAGGAUUAUAUGGAUGAACAACUUAACACGAUACUGGAAGAUAACAGCACUAUACAAGUAGCAGAGGAAUUAUUAAGGUUUCAUCGAUAUUGCAUGGAGGGUAAUGAAUCUACAGCAAAAACGGAACUUGAGAAAUUACCACCGUUACAGCCUUGGUUCACCUGUGAACGACCUGUUCGAUCAACUCGUCCUUUGCCAUCAAAAGAGGAUAGUAGCUCAGAUGAUGAUAUGGAUGUAGAUAAAAAUGAACAGGAAAACGAUGGAUGGACAGUAGUCACAAGUAGGCGAAGUAAAUAAUUUCCAAUUUUGUAUAAAACAUAUUUUUACUCUUAACGGUUCUUUUUUCUAUAUAUA